CGAGUCAUUCACAGGCAGAGUCACCUCCCUUUGUUUUUAAUGCAAAACGAUCAUUGUGAUUUUUCUACCAUGAGUUAGUGGUGGGGUGGGCUUUGCCAAUUCUGCGUUUUGGUCUUACCCUGAACACACCAUAAGAGACUCCCCCCCUCUUCUUGCUGCUUCCCAAGACUCCCAGGAAAACAGCUUCCGUAGCACAUUCUGCCCAGGGCACAGCUGGAAUGAGCACUGUGGACAGUUCCGCGGACCAAGCAGAGAGUGCUCAAUCCUCAAGAAGAAAGAAUUUGACAGAUCCUCUUGAACAAAAGAUAAGGUGCUUAGAGAAACAGAGAAAAGAGCUCCUGCAAGUCAAUCAGCAGUGGGACCAGCAGUUUAGAAGCAUGAAGGAGGUGUAUGAAAGAAAGGUGGCGGAGCUGAGGACCCGGCUGCGCGCGGCCGAGGGCGCCCUGGGCGAGCUGGAGUGCGAGCGGCGGAGCCAGAGCGCGGGUGGCGCCGCCCGGGGCCCGCGGCGGGAAGAGGAAAGGGAAACCCUAAACGAAGAAUUACAGGAACUGAAGAAAGAGAAUAAGCUUUUGAAGGAAAAAAAUGCUCUUGCGAUGAAGAAGAAAGAGCAUUAUGAAUGUGAAAUACAACGCCUUAACAAGGCUCUUCAGGACGUCUUGAAAAUCGAGGGUGCUUCGUCUCCUGGGGACCGGCGGGGGAUGUGCCCUGUGGAGUGCAGCCACACGGCCACGAGAACGGAAGUGGAAGUUCUCAAGCAGCAGGUACAAAUAUAUGAAGAAGACUUCAGAAAGGAGCGAUCCGAUCGGGAAAGGCUCAGUCGAGAGAAAGAAGAGCUGCGGCGGGCUCAUCAAGCUUCCCGGGCCCAGCUGACCAGGCUGAGUUCCCAGAUCAAAGUUUGUCAGAUGGAGAAAGAAAAACUAGAAAAACAACUAAAACAGAUACACUUCCCGGCCUGCACCUGUGGCUUGGCUUUCCACCUGCGGGACCCGGGGGUGCCAGCAGGCCCACGCACCACGCAGGACCAGUGGGAGCAUCCACCGGGCCCUCCAAGGUGUGCUCUGGACCUGCUUCCGCCAGACGGGCAGCACAAGGACAACGGUCUCUCCUCAGAAAAGAAGCCCCCCAAGUAGGAGCAGUCUUCUGCAGAGCACUGGAGCAGAGGGGACCCGGCCAGGGCACUGGUUUGUGUCUUCUCCACUCCUGCAGCCCAUCAGCUCCGUCACUCAGCCGGGUCCUGCUCCCACGGGCUCAGACAGAGGAAAAGUUUCUGGCCACCGAGAUCCUGAUGUGCUGGAGGGGCCAGUUUCUGAACAGCCCGAUCCAGUUCCUCCAAAGGACAGCUGGAGCCGGCUGAGGUGCUGCUCCCUGAAGUGUCCGUCUGCACAUGGCUGGGGCUUACAAAGACGACCGGCGUGUGGAUACCCGCGCUCCUGGGAGGGGCUGGUGGCUGGGCCUCCACACUGUCCGUGUUUACCCAGGACCUUAGUUCUUCAGCCAUGUGGUCAGAUACUGUGCUCUGCAGCGCUGGCCUGAGAGACCUGGAAAUUGGGUUGAGGAGGUGCACAUACUUCUUUCAGUUGGGCAAGCGUUUCAGGCUGAAUAAAAUGGCAAUCUUAAAACUA